AUGAUGAUCUGUACUUAUAACGCUUGUACGCUUGCAUCGGAAGCGGCCAUCGAAGAUCUAAUGAUGCAAGCAAAGAAAAUCAAGUACGACGUCAUCGGACUGACCGAGACGAGACGACGUCACUCUCUCAACGCCUUAUAUAUAAAUCAUAACAAAAGGUUCCUCCUCCGAGGAAGAUUACCCUUCAUAAGGAGAGAAGAGAAAGACGCCAGAUUCAGAGAGAGAAAUCCCAGAACUACCAUCAAAUGGGAUCUCUUCGAUAUGCUAGCCGGCUUUUGGGAAGAUUCCGCAAUGGACAAUAUCGACGAGGAUUAUGACCGGCUCGUUGAACACCUUCACGACUGCACAAAGAAGGCUGAGAGUUUUAAAACCACCACGAGACGCUUGUCUCUUGAAGCUCUUAAGCUGAGAGGGCUGAGCCUGGAGCAGCAGGAGCCGCAGGGAACCAAGAACUCACGUCCGAGCUUUGCAGAGAUGCGAUUAAGAAAGACCUUAAAGGGAGAAGAGCAGAAGUGCUGGCUGAAGCUGCAGAGGCGGGGAAAAGCAUCCGCCACGCCCUUCGAGACUUCGCCAGUCGCAAGAAGAGGAUGA